AUGGAUAAUGUGGUUAAGAUGCUUAAUAGGCAUGUUGGUUCUAGCUCUAAUCAAGGAGUAGUUGUUGCAUGUUGUACUACUUGCGGUGGAGAUCAUGAUGAUUCUAUGUGUUCUAGUAGCGAACAGGUUCAAUAUCUCAACAAUUACAACCAUCCAUCCCAAAAUAAUCCAUACUCCAAUACCUACAAUCCAAGAUGGCGUAAUCACCCGAAUUUUGGAUGGAAGGAUCAAUGGAACCAACAAAGACCAGUUAAUCCACCGGGUUUUCAACCAAAGCAACCACUUCCGGAGUCCAAACCAGCUUGGAAAUUGGCAAUUGAGAAGCCAGCAAAUACUGAAGUGAACCUAAGGGAGAAUGUGAAGGCCAUAACCCUCCGUAGUGGUAAGGAAGUAGGUGAGCCACCUGUAGUUGAAAGUGAGAAAAAAUAUGAAAGAAGAGAAAAGAUGCAGUUGAGUGAGUUAGAAGAUGAUAACAAGUCAAUUGAAGGAAAAGACAAGGUGGAAGGAAAGGAGCCACAAAUUGAUGAGACAACACAAAUUCCUCCACCGGUGCCAUUUCCACAAAGAUUGAAGCCUUCGAGAAAUGACAAAGAAUUUGAGAAGUUUGUCAACAUUUUCAAACAAUUACAUAUUAACAUUCCUUUUGUUGAUACUAUUUUGCAAAUUCCUUCAUACACAAAGUUUCUCAAGGAAAUAAUGACUAAGAAAAGGAGAUUAGUUGAUAGUGAGACAACAAUUGCAUUAACGGAAGAAUGUAGUGCCAUCAUACAAAACAAAUUGUCACCAAAGUUGAAAGAUCCUGGGAGUUUCACAGUUCAUUGCACUAUCGGUAAUGUAAAAUUCUCUAAGGCACUAUGUGACCUUGGUGCGAGUGUUUCAUUGAUCCUUUUAACUGUGACUAGGCAAUUGGGGUUGAAAGAGUUAAAACGUACUAACAUUUCCUUGCAAUUGGCUGACAGGUCUAUUAGACAUCCAAUGGGCAUAUUAGAGAAUGCACUUAUUAAAGUGCAGAAAUUCAUUAUUCUUGUUGAUUUUGUUGUUUUUGAUAUGGAGGAAGAUGUCAAUGUACCUAUUAUACUUGGUAGACCAUUUCUGGCUACUGCAGGUACAAUAAUAGAUGUUAAAUGUGGUAAGUUCAAGUUUCAAAUUGGUGAAGAGGAAGUGGAGUUUGAUUUGAGUAAAGUGGAGAAGUAUCCUUCUUUUAUUGACCAUGUUUAUUCUGUUGACAUAUGUGAUGAAUUGGCAUUAAAAAUGAGUCAAAUUAAUCUUAAUGAUGAUUCUCUUGAACUUUGUCCUAAUGGUGUAGGCUUACAAGAGGAACAAGUUGAAAAACUGACUGAAUUUUUGCAGGCACAGGUUUCUUAUAAAAGGAGAAAUGCGUAUGAGGAGUUAGGGUUGAACAAAGGGCUACCUCCACCAUCGUGUGAGCAAGCUCCACAGCUUGAGGUUAAGCCACUUCCUAAAUACCUCAAAUAUGCAUUCCUUGGAGAAAAUGAGACAUUGCCGGUGAUUGUCAAUGCUGCAUUAGAUGAGGAACAACUAGAAAACGUUUUACGUGUUUUGAGGAAGCAUUUAAAGGCUAUAGGAUGGACAAUUUCUGAUAUUAAAGGAAUUAGUCUAACUAUUUGUAUGCACAGAAUUUUGUUGGAAGAAAACUCUAAACCGGUGGUUGAAACUCAAAGAAGGUUAAAUCCAAAUAUGAAAGAAGUGGUUGAAAAGGGAACUUGUCUUCGCACCUAUAAUAGCAUCACCGGAUUGGAGCAUGCCAUUUGA